AUGAUGUUGGCACACUUGGUUUUCUUCAUUUUGGGCCUGGUUGCUCUGAGGCUUUUCACCAAAAGGAGAACGAAUCUACCUCCAGGGCCAAAAGGAAGAUUUAUCAUUGGCAAUUUGUUCGACCUCCCACCGCCGGGAAUGCAAGAAUGGAAACACUGGCUCAAGCACAAGGAUCUCUACGGGCCUAUCAGCUCGAUCACAGCUCUGGGGAAAACCAUCAUCAUAAUCAAUGAUAGAGACCUGGCGUUCCAGAUCCUAGAAAAGAAUUCUGCAAAACAUUCAUCCCGGCCGCGCCUUGUCUUCGCCGAUGAAUUAUCUGGAUGGGGCAAACUCAUGUCAAGUCAGGAUAAUACACCACUUCUUCGGGCCUAUCGACGAGCCGUGACAAGAGUCAUCGGAACACGAGAAUCCGCAUCCAGAUUCAAUGGUCUUCUCGAAUUGGAGGCACAACGGUUUAUAUGCCGUGUGUUUCGAGAACCUAAGAAGUUCCUCCAACAUAACAGGACGGCUGCCGGUGCUUUCAUUCUGAAUAUAACAUACGGCUAUCACAUCGAGCCCCAAGGCGAAGACCCGUUAGUAUGUCUGGCUGAUCAUGCACUCAAGCAGUUUUCAGAUGCCGUCGUUCCAGGGUCAUGGCUAGUGGAUUUGAUCCCAGCGUUAAAAUAUGUCCCAGAAUGGAUGCCGGGGGCUAAUUUUCAACGAAUUGCUCGUGAUCACUUUCAAACUCUCACGAAACUGCUAGAAAGCCCAUUUGCAUUUGCAAAGUCUCAAAUGAGCAGAGAAGACCGAGGUUGCUUUGUAUCAACACUUCUCAAACAAGGAGAAGAUGAGGAUAUCAUCAAAUGGUCAGCAGUGGCAAUGUAUGGCGGAGGAUCCGAUACGGCUCAAGCCGAGAUGGACAAUAUAUUUGGUGGGCCUACAUUGCCAACAGUGGCCGAUCGCGACAAACUACCCUACGUGAAUGCAAUUGUGAAAGAAGCCAUCAGAUGGCAUAGUGUUGCACCUUUAGGUAUUCCUCAUAGAACAGAUGAGGACGACAUCAUCAACGGUUUCUUGAUUCCCAAGGAUGCAAUCAUUGUACCAAACAUCUGGUCAUUCAAUAACGACUCUGCGAUCUACCCUAGCCCACGGGAUUUCCAGCCGGAGCGUUUCCUUUCCUCUGCCAUAGAUCCCGGUGAUGUGAGCUUUGGCUUCGGUCGUAGAGUUUGCCCUGGGCGUCUGAUUGCCGAAACAUCUAUCUUUCUGAUGAUUGCACAUACACUAGCCGUGUUCGAUAUCAAGAAGCCUACCGGAGAGGAUGGAAAUCUCAUUGAACCGAUUGUCGAUUUCACACCGGGUAUUCUGAGCCACCCUGUUUUGUUUGAGGCUGCGGUUAUCCCACGAAGCCAGAAGCACGAACAACUCAUUAUCGACUUUGAGAAAGCCCAUCCUUUUCUGAAAGGAGAUUCUGAGACUUUGAGAAAAGUGUAUCCUUUAUAA